AUGAUCUCGGACCAGAAGCGAGCUUCCCAGUUCAAUCCCUUGCUCUGGCCCCGGGGGGAUCACCUCUCACCCUCCCAGCUCACCGAGGUAGCCAAGUUGCAAGCAGAUUUUGUGGACGUGUUCUCGCCCCUACCCGGCCGCACCAACCUCAUCGAGCACCAUAUUGAGACUAAACCGGACGUGGUGAUUCGCAGCCGGCCCUAUAGAUUACCUGAACACAAGAAAAAAGUAGUUCAGGAAGAAUUAAAGGCAAUGCUCGAGAUGGGGAUAAUAGAAGAGUUCCACAGUGAUUGGGCGAGCCCGAUAGUUUUGGUCCCUAAAACCGACGGCUCGGUCCGUUUCUGUGUGGAUUAUAGAAGGGUGAAUGCUGUGUCGAAGUUCGAUGCAUAUCCGAUGCCACGGAUUGACGAGUUGCUGGAUCGACUUGGCUCGGCUCGUUUUUUUUCGACACUGGAUUUAACUAAAGGAUACUGGCAUAUCCCCUUAUCUCCCCUAUCCAAAGAGAAAACCGCCUUCACCACGCCGUUUGGAUUACACCAAUUUGUAACACUUCCGUUUGGCUUAUUCGGAGCUCCGGCCACCUUCCAGCGCCUCAUGGACCGCCUGCUGCGACCACAUGCGGGGUAUGCGGCGGCAUACCUAGACGAUAUUGUAAUCUACAGCAACGACUGGGAGCGGCAUAUGCAACAUCUGAGGGCGGUCCUGGGAUCGCUGAGAGGGGCCGGACUGACGGCUAACCCGAAGAAGUGUGCAAUUGGGCGGGUGGAAGUAAGGUAUCUGGGCUUCCACUUGGGUCAUGGUCAGACGGACGCGUCGGAUCGGGGCGUGGGGGCGGUUUUGUCCCAGGAGACGGGGGGUGAAGAACGGCCGGUGCUGUACCUCAGUCGGAAGCUCUCGAGGAGAGAGACGAAGUACAGCACAAUCGAAAAAGAGUGCCUGGCAAUCAGGUGGGCCAUACUCACCCUCCGCUAUUAUCUCCUGGGGCGCGAAUUCACGCUCCAUUCGGACCACGCUCCGCUCCAGUGGCUCCACCGCAUGAAAGAUACCAACGCGCGGAUCACCCGGUGGUAUCUGGCAUUACAACCAUUUAAGUUUAAGAAAAUGUACGCAUACCCCGUUUUUCGCCGACAAUUGGCAACAUCAUCACGACUCCUCAUGGCGCCAUCGCCAGAGGCAAAUCGCCUUGAAAAUGUUGAGUCUGGAAGGGCUAAACCGAAGGAGCAGGUGCUGGCAGAGGCCAGUUCUUUUGUCAGCUCAAAUGGUGGAGACCCCAGUGACCAGUUUUUAGUACUGGCUCACUGCAAACUUCAGUUUGGGAAGUACCAGGGUCAGAGAUUCAGAUGGCUCCUGGAAAACUCGCUGGGGUACGCAGUUUAUUUGGUACUCAGCAUUUCCAAUGAGACAGCGAACACAACCCCCCUGUCACAAAAUAAACAACUGUUCCUACAGUACACCUCUCAUAUUAGAGAGAUGGCAGAAGAAGUGGAGAAGUACGAGAGGAAGCAAGAAAUGCAAGCUGAAGCCCGGGCAGUUGGAGACCAGGGCUGCUUGAUGGUGGAGUUUGGUGACUUCCAGGGCCGGUCCAUGAAGGAUGUUUAUGAGGACCAGAGCAAGGAGGCCAAAGCCCUCAUCAGAUACCUGGUUAAGGCAGAUGCCAGGCCCAACACAAACAUGGCCAUUUUCAAAAGCUAUGUAGUGAAAAGACAGGCUUCUGCUGUGGGCAGCAGUGUACGUCAGCCUACACCUCCAUCUGCAACAUCCAGUGCUUCUGCACAACCACCCGCAGCCUCCACUGCGUCUGCAUCUCCGCUAAAAGCACUCCAAACUGGUGUAUCGCAGACUGCCAGUGUGAAAGCGCUGUUGGCACGUGGGAAACAUUUGUCUCCUUCACAGCUCGCCAGAAAACUCCUUUCACCAGUUAAAUCCUAUCCAUUACUGAAGGUCCCUUUACCUCCUCCAGCACCAGAACUCCCUGCCAAACAUUUGGCCCAAAGGCAGCUUUUCGUAACUGUAUUUAGUUUUAACAUUUUUGCUCCAGACACUUCCGUUCCCGCUGCUGAAGAUGAUGCGGAGCUGAUGUUUGCUGCAUCACAAUGUGAAGCACAACUAACUACAGACUGUGGUAGGCACAGACUGACAGCGGCAGGACUCUACCGUACUGUGCGCAAGGUCUUAGACAUCGACAGGUGGUAUGACCUUGACACUGAGUAUCUGGAGUGCAAAGGCUGCAAAAAGAAGUAUCCCGCCUGGUCUGAGGACAUCUUAGGACAGCUGGAUAUGGGCCACCGCAGUCAGUUUCCAGCUUUGCUGACAUACAGAUACUCAUGUGACAACAGGGUGCUGAGGAUGAUGAGGGAGAGGACACUGGGCAACAGUGUGACUCAGCUUUACAAGAAGCUGAUGGAACAACACAGUGAGGCAUGGACACAGCGUGUCCUGCAGUACCUUACUGCCUGUGAACCAUUCACAACGUCCUCCCUUGUGCAGCCUCCUGUGUUUGCUGAGCCUCCUCUCUUCCCUGCCCUACCUAAACCUAAGUGGCUGUUAGCUGUGUACGCCAGGGAUGUUUUGGGGCGACUGCACGAGGUCAAGGCCAAAAUUACUUCUAUCUUUGGUUGUGUUCUCAAGAUGGACUCCACAAAAAAGGUCACAAAGAAACUUGCCGGUGCUGCUUCAGGAACAGCUGCCUGGUGCACAAAUGUUGGGAAUGAGCAUGGUCAAGUCCUUGUAUCUGUUCUGACAGCCGCCGAGGGACAUGGACUGGACUCCAUGGCAGCUGGCCUCAUGAAACGCUACCGGGAGGCAGGAGAGGCUGCCCCAAAAGUGAUGUACGUGGACAGAGAUUGCUGCAGUCAGCACGGCCAGUCUUGGGUGAAGGUCAUGUUUUCAGAGUGGGAUGAGCUUGAAGUGCGCCUCGACAUCUGGCAUUUCAUGCGGCGAUUUGCUGCAGGUGUCACUACAGAGGCUCAUCCGCUUUACGGCAUCUUCAUGGCACGUCUAUCCACGUGCAUCUUUCAGUGGGAUCCAGAGGAUGUGGCUGCUCUUCAGCGUGCAAAGGUGGGUGAGCUGGCGGCAAAUAAGACUGGCCCCAUCUCAGAAAAGGUGGUCAGUGCUCGCAUUACCAGGAGAGAGUUGGCACUGCACUGCCGGAGGAGGACCAGGGGUGUGGAGGAGACCACCAGAUUGAUUGGAGCACUGAUCGAUCUGUUUGACAGUGCAGACGGGAAGGACACUCUGGGAGUUCCUCUGCUGGACCACGAACGGAUCCGGCAGAUUUGGAAAGAACAGCGGAAGCACGUGCAGUGUAUCCAAGUCCCAGAGAACUUUCCACUCUACAUGAGGAAGGGGACACUGAAGAAAGGUGGCGUGGAGCUCUGCUGCUACAGAUGUGCCCGUGGCUCUACAUCCUUGGAGUCAUUCCACCUUCACCUGAACCGAUUUAUUCCAGGAACCAGUGCCAGUGAUGCGCAUUUUCAGGCCUAUCUCCUCGAGGGCUUGAUGCGUUGGAAUGAUGACCGGAUGGAAGACGCCAUAAAAGGAGCAUCCUCCAUCCGGUCAUUUGGCAGUGCCAUGAAAGAGGCUGUGGAGCGGCUUAGCCUAACAGUCUUUGGGAAGCCCUGGGAUGAGCGCUAUCGCCCUCCUGGAGCAUAUACAGGUGAAUUGCUGGGAAUGGAGUAUCUUUACAGCCAGACUGGCAAAACACUGACUCCAGUGCUCCAGAACCCCGAAGAGGAAGACAGGCUGGUGGAGGAAGUCAAUGACCAGGACCUGCAAGAUGAGGGAUUUGGGGAAGAGAUAACGGAGGACAUCACAGUUCCAGUGCUGUAUGAGGAUGAACCCUGCCGUGAUCUCGUGAUCAGCCCCUCAUCUUUGCCUCUGCCUCGGUCUCCAACAUCACUGGCUGAGCCAUCCACAUCUUCUGGUGGAGAAGGACAGCAUCUUGCCCCUUUAGUGCUGUCGCAGCCACCUGACACUGGAAGCAGUCUCUCCACUGAAGCUCAGGGCGCAGUCAUUGGACCCGAUGGCAUCGCUGGUUGGGACAAGGUUCAGGAUUUGGCUGGUUACCUGGUGAGCCUUAGUGAGGCUCCUUACCUCACUGAUCUGCAGGUGACCGAAGCCAUUCAGCUAUGGACAGCUCUCCCUGACAUUGACAAACAGCGGGUCAACUAUCAGCCUCGACAUCAGCCUCAGCUGACACAUGGGCGCUUUAAGGCACCGAAGCGGUCAGGAGUCACACCGGGUGUGGAGAGUGUCAAACGGUGUCUGAUUGGACAUCCUGGGGGUCCAGCACAGUGGCCCAGCACCAGCCGCUUGGUUGAGGCCAUUUGUAUAAAGCUGUGUGCUUUACACAAGUCACCGACCAAGAAGUCCGGAGUUAGCAUCCCCAGGUGGUCUAAAAUCCUCUCAGAUUACCACCACAUCCGAGACCUGGUCCUCAACAGUCGCAGGCUGAUGGAUGAAACAAUGAUCCAGCUUUUUGAGCUAAACCAGAGGACACUCAUUCAGUGGUUUCAACGGCGGCAGAAGAAUCAGGAAAUGAGUGUCCUCGCUCAGGGACUGACUCCACCUGACCCAAUUGCUGUGGCUGAUAUGCAGCUUCCUCCGCCGAGGGAAAAAUUGAAUGAAGCGCCAUCGACAUCAGGUCCAAAGCAUAAAUUCAUCCUUCCGCCAAAUCGAGAAGGACAGGCUCCUCGUUUGCGACCAGGUCGACGGCCCGCUGCUGCUAACAGGGAGUGCCCCAUCGCAGCUGCCCCCACAGCAUCAGGAGAUGUGCAGCCCAUUUCUGCACCUGGGUCAUUGAUGGGCACACUAGUCCUUAACCCUGACAUGACUGUGUCAAUGGUGAUUCCGUCUUCUGGUGCAGGCACAGCUCUGCCUGCUCCUGUGUCUGCUGCUUCUGUGUCUGCUGCUCCUGCAUCCCGUUACACCCAAAGGAAUAGGCGCCGGCGGGCGCAAGAGAUGGAAAGUGGAGUUUGUAAGAGGAAGUAUCUGCGGGGGGUUAAUUUUAACAAGUGCAGCAAAUGUGGGCAGCCCAAAACUAAGGAGUUUGGACAUAGCCGGUAUGGUAGUGCCACAUUUUGCUUGCAUGCUUCAAAUGGCAAAUCUUUAGAAGAUUGGUUGGCAGAACAGCGCCAGCAAAAUAAACCCCAAACUCCACCUCCUCAAUAAGUUUCAACUUUCCUGUAUAUAUUUCAUGGGCCAACUCGUUCAUAUUGUCCUGUAUAUUUGUUGUGUAUAUCAAAGGCCCAAGCGUUCAUAUUCUUCUGUAUGUAAAUAUAUAAAUAUGUGUG